UUGUUCAUGCACGGGAAUCAGGGGCAUGGUUUCGCUUCGUUCCCCUGUUUCUCCUCUUCCCUCUGUUUCCUCUUCUUCUUCUUGUUUCUUCGGCAGCUUCUUCUCUUUCUGUUGUGCCCCUAAACCCAGAAACGACUCGAUAAUCGUGCUGAAACGCCCUUCAGUUGUCAAAGCCUCGUGGCAAGAGCUUGCUGGAGUGUUGUUGUUCUCGGCGAUUCCUUUCAGUGCUGUAAAAGUUUUAGCUAAUAGUCCACUAGGGCGCUCGCUUCAGAGGAGAAUGCAGGCGAGAAAGAAAAUUGCUCUAGAUGACUCGUCCAUAUACAAGACUUUAGCCCAGAAGGCCAGAAAAGAGAGCCCUUGGUAUGGAGAAGAUCGGCCUCAUUGGCUUGGUCCUAUUCCAUAUGAUUGUCCGGAUUAUCUUACCGGGGAACUUCCUGGGGAUUAUGGAUUUGACAUUGCCGGGCUUGGCAAGGAUCCCGUAGCUUUGGAGAAAUACUUCAACUUCGAGAUAUUGCAUGCUCGUUGGGCUAUGCUUGCAUCAGUUGGUGCUCUGGUUCCUGAAGUACUAGACCUAUUUGGGGCCUUUCACUUUGUUGAACCCAUCUGGUGGCGUGUUGGUUAUUCAAAGCUCAAGGGAGAUACUCUUGACUACCUUGGAAUCCCGGGACUUCACUUAGCUGGAAGCCAAGGAGUGAUCGUAAUUGCUAUUUGCCAGGCACUCCUCAUGGUUGGACCAGAAUAUGCUAGAUAUUGUGGGAUUGAAGCAUUGGAACCUCUGGGAAUUUAUCUGCCUGGCGACAUAAAUUAUCCUGGAGGAGGAUUGUUUGAUCCCCUGAAUCUGUCCAAAGAUCCUGCAGCUUUCGAGGAGCUGAAGGUUAAAGAAAUAAAAAAUGGACGCUUAGCAAUGAUUGCCUGGUUAGGAUUUUACGCUCAAGCAGCUCUGACGGGUAAAGGUCCUGUGCAGAACCUACUUGAUCACGUCUCUGAUCCUUUCCACAAUAAUCUUCUGACCGCGCUCAGCUUAGUGAAUGUAUUUACGUCAUCCAGCUUUGUAUAAUUUUAUAUUUAAUUAUUGCGAGUUUCAUGUACUAUACAGUAUACAUGAAUGAGUCGGAUAAUUAAAUUUAAAAAUAAUUAUGAAAAUAUUAAUGUAUAAAUAGUAAUAUUAAUGGAGCAAAAUAGCUGCCACUAAUGAAAGUCCGCCCGACUUCCUCCUUGC